AUGUCGGACAUCUCGUCGGUCGACAAGACCACUACCAAGGCCGACAUUGCGCCAAAGGAUCUCGAGUCUGGAUCCACCAAGGAAGGAAUCACGGCAGGCGUUGAAACGACCGACCAGUUCGCGAGGCCAGCAAAGUCGACGUGGUGGGCGAAGCUCUCUGACAAUGGCGUUGAGUUGCGCGGUGCAGAGCCCGUCCCCGUCGAGAAACGGACCGACACUCGCUACGUCAAUGUGUUGACCAUCUUUGCCACAUCAAUGACAAGUCUUUUGCCCAUCGGUAUCGGCUCGGCCACGACACUUGGUUUUGGCAUGUCUCUGAAAGAUGCCGCCCUCAUGAUUGUCUUUCUGCAGUUCUUCUUUGGACUUCCCGCUGCGUACAUCAUCACGAUUGCCCCCUUGACCGGCAUGCGGCAGAUGAUCCAGUCCCGAUACUGCUUCGGCAAAUACUGCAACAUCCUCACGUCUGUCGUCGUCACCUUGACCGUGGGGGGCUUUGGCGUCGUUGGCAGCAUCAACGGCGCACAAUGCCUGGCUGCGGUCCACCCUGGCACCCUGCCGGUCGAGGGCGCCAUCUCCAUCAUCAUGGUCAUCUCGCUGGUCAUUGGCUUCAUGGGCUACCGCGUGAUGCACUUCUUCACUCGCUGGGCGUGGAUCCCGUCCCUGUUCGCCAUCAUCAUCCUUGUCGGCGCCGCUGGUGACCAGCUGGGCGAGCAGUCGCCCGGGCGUGCGCACACAGGCAAGGACUACAUGGGCAUGAUUGCCUUCACUGCCGGCAACAUGAUCACCUGGAGCAACGUUGCUGGUGACUAUGCCUGCUACAUGCCGCCUACUGCACCCCGUCUUCGUAUCGCCAUGUACUGCCUCUUUGGCAUCGCCGCCCCCUUCUCGUUCCUCAUGACUCUGGGCGCGGCCAUUGGCGGUGCCGUCUUCGCCGUCCCGGCAUGGACCGCCGCCUACAAAGCCGGCGGCAUUGGCGCCGUCAUUGGCAACAUCCUCAUCACCAGGCUCGGCGACUUUGGGCGCUUCAUCCUCGUCCUGCUGGGUCUUUCCGUGCUCGCCACCUGCGGCCGCGAUGUCUACACCAUCUCGUUCAACCUCCCUGCCGUGGCCCCCAUUCUCCGCAAAGUACCACGCAUCAUCCUCGCGGUCAUCGCCACGGCAGCCAUCAUUGCCAUCGCGAUCCCGGCGUCAAAGUCCUUCGUCGCGUCCGUGACCGCGUUCCUCUCCAUCAUUGGUUACUAUGCCGGCGCGUCCGUCACGUGCUUCCUGCUCGAGUACCUCUGGUUCCGCAAGGCGGACCCAGCCAGUCUGGACCCUGCGAUCUGGGACGACGGCCGCGCGCUGCCCACCGGUCUCAGCGCCCUGGCGGCCGUCCUGCUCUCGUGGUCGCUCAUUAUCCCGGCCAUGAGCACUACUUGGUUCGCUGGCCCGAUUGCACAGAAGGCAGGCGACCUGGGGCUUAUCCUCGCAGUCGUGGUGGCUUUUAUCACAUAUCUCCCCAUCAGGACUCUUGAGAUCAAGAUUCGCGGCAGGCUGUAA